GUGACUCGCAGUGGGUAUGGUAAAGUAUUUUUGUAAGGUUGUAGCGUGGGAAGGAAUAGGGCACGCAAGAAGAUAAUCACAGAAUAAAUGUGUAUGUGUGUGUAUAUAUAGGGCAGCACAGAUAAGAAGAAUUUGAAUGCAUUGAGAUAGAAAAGAAACAUGUCUGAUAAUCAUAAGACUCAGAGUUCGGCACCAAAACUGUUUGGUUUCCCACUAACAGAGCAAGAGGAAUUUGCAGAAAGGAAAUACGAUGUAGGAGAGGACAGAAAAUUCAGGUGUCACUACUGCAACAGAGUUUUCGCAAACUCGCAGGCCUUAGGGGGCCACCAAAACGCUCACAAGAAAGAACGUCAGAGAGCCAGGCGAUUCCAAAUCCACAACCACAGACGCUCCUCUAUGCCAUCAUCAUCGUCAUCUCUUUCUGUUACCCCUCUUACCUUUCUCACCUCCCAUGCAAUAAUACGUUCGCUACCACUUUCAGUUACACUGCCUCCCAUUUACCUUUCAUCUCCUUCUCCUUCUACUUCCACCUCUGCAACGCACUUCCCCUCACGCCCCGUUUUCGUUCCUUCCUCCACCCACCUCACUGCUAAUGCUACUGUUACUACUUCAUGUUUUCCUCUUCAGCUCUAUGCCUCACCUUCUGUGCUGCAAUCUGCUUCUACUGUCCUUGAUUUUGCAGCAGACAGGGAAGUUGAUGUCCAUCUCAAAUUGUAGCUCUGUCAUAUCAGAUUGCAGGUUAAAUAUAUAUAUAUAUAUAGAUAUAUAUAAUUACUGUUACUUUUAGUUUCCUGUUUCUCCUUUCUUUGCUCCAAAUCUUAUCUUUUUUUGACCCCUCCCAUUAACAUUAUGAACUUGCUUUACUAAUGGAAACUAAUGCUUAUAAUGGAAUCAAGGAUAUAGAAAUUGUUACAUAACCGUAAUUAAUCUUACAAUUGUUUUUAGUUCACAAUGUCAUUGCAAAUGUAACUUGGUGUUGCAUUUGUCUUUAAUCUCUCCAAAGCAAUAGGAAACAUCAUGGUAAAACUGUGACUAAAUAAAUAUAAGCUGAAAUCAAAGUGGUGUAGCAGGCAAAUUGUGACAAUAUAGUAUUAAUGAAUGUCGGUAGCCUGCAUAUUUUAGUUAGUUGUGAAUUAGACUAAUUUUAAAACAAGAAUUGGUGUAAUUUUUUUUUUUCUAGAAUUGAAAUGGUAUAUUGGGUUAAUUCUGGACACCUAUUAAGUACAAGUACUUCUCAUCUUUAAUAUAUCUUUCUUCCUCUGAUAAAACUCCCUUAAUGAUGUUAAUUACACAUUUCUCAUCUCUUCUUAUCUCUCCUCAGAUAAAGAUCUGACUAAAUGUCAUAAAAAGCCGUUUACGGAUUGUGACCCUGUAUUUAUUUGGGCCUAACAGCACAAUAUUUUUGUAUGGGCCAGAUCAAAUAGUUUAAAGGGAGGCCCAAGUACCUCCAAACCUUCAUAAAAAAAGGACAAAUAUUUCUGCACAUACCUGCACAUUGUCACAGAUGUGUUGUAUUAUAUAAAAAGGAUCCAGAAGUGUUUACAGAAAAAUUUGGUAUUAUUCACUAUUGGUUAGGUCUUUCACGCUGUUGAAGUCAUAGAAAAUAACACAUACCAAACAUUAAAAUAAGGGAAGUAGCUAGCUAGACACUAGGUUUAUCCAGGAAGUAUAAUCCCCUUGCUGUUCUAAGUAGAAUAGAAUCUACAGUAGCAGUUUUCAUCAGAAUCAUUGCUGUGAAGAGUCUCUUUGAGUGUUGAUGACUGAUCACGUCUUUCUUCAAAAUAAUCAUGUCAUUGGGAUUUGAGUACCACGUCAAAUCUGGCUGAGACCGAAAAUGACGUGGUAUCGUAUGAAAAACGAAUCAUCACACAUGGUAACACCACCAAAAUGGACAAAGUCAUUGGUUUUACUGCAACUCAGAAAGUACAUCCCAGAUUCCGAGCUAGCACAAAGGCCACUUUUCAAAGAUCAGAACAUUACUCAUUCCUCGCCACAGCACACGUUUCUGUGCUUCAUUGUCUCUCUUCCCAAUAUACCCUUUCUUGAAACUUCCAAACCCUAACAAAAGCCUCUGCCCUCUC